AUGUCACAGCGCCCGCGGAAGUUCCAGCGCAUCUCCAAAGCCUGCGAUUUUUGCAAUCGAAGGAGCAUCAAAUGUAAUAAGAACAACGGCCCUCUUGCUCCCUGCCAGAACUGCGCCGAUUUCGAUGUUCCCUGUACCUAUGACCGUCCGGCUCGUCGACGUGGUGCGCGCAGAAAUGCCAGUCCCGCCGGCGGCCAGUCGGCGCAACCAGGAGGCCCGACACCAGCGCCUCGAGAUGACGAUGCUGCUCGACAGCUCUCAGGCUCAGUGUCAAGCACGGCCUACCAGUCUCGUCCAAGCAACGCCUCGUGGGAUGGUCUCAACGGUACCGGCGCCGUAGUGCUGGCCGGUCCAAGCGAGGGUGCCUCGGUCGCCCCGUGGAAGGCGUUCGCGACUGCCUGUCAAGACACCAUCCGGGACUUGGCCCAGGUCUAUUUCGAGAUCGUCUAUCCAAUCUUCCCCUUGUUCCACUGGCCCACGUUCACAAAGGCGCUUGAAAGCAUGGACUAUCUCCACGACGACGGUCUUUUUGCCUCAACAAUGGCAAUGUGCGCGUUGGCAUCUGCCCGCGCUCGCGACGGGGCUUUAUACUCGUCUCACUGGAGUUCUAGGCAGCUGGCGAACCCGCCGUCGGAAAUUUUCUGCAUGGCGGCGAAGGAAUCGAUCCCCCGCGAUUUGGCCGCUGCAAAGGGCACUGAGUACAUGAGAGCGUGCGCCAUCUUAAGCAUUGCCAGUAUCCAGCAUGGACAGAUCCAAGGCAUGCAGCAGUACCUGGGCAUGUAUCACACCUUGGCAACAAUGGACGGGCUCCACGACGAGAAGUUCUGGCCGAAAAAUUUGGAUCCCGUCACCAUCGAGAUUCGCCGACGAAUGUUCUGGUCUAUAUACACAUUGGAUGUGUACUCGUCGAUCGUCUGGGGCGGGAUCAUUCGCCACCGCGAGGCGCAGUCGAAUGUCCGUUACCCCGGCGAACUAAAGGACGAUUUUAUCUCGAAAAACGCCCAUGGGGUGUCGCCUACGGAGAACGGGCGGGUCGGUGCGUCUGGCGUAUCGGACGAUUGGAUAUGUGGCUGGAAUUUCAUCACCGAUAUGUACCGUAUGCUAGAGCAUGCCCUCGAUAGUCAGAGGCGACGACCGCGCCCCAACAACGGCACAGCGGACGUCUGGUCGCUAUUUCGUCCCCCUCAGACUGCAGGCUCGUGGCUCAUGGACCACGUCUUGUCCAUGUACUCGUCGCUACCUCCCCAGUUCCGAGAAACGCAACCGGUUACCGGAGACCUAGCCCACGACAUUUUCGGCUUCCAGUCUGCCAAUAUCCAAGCGACUCUCCAGCUGCUGCGGAUGGUCCUCUCCUCGAAUGAGGAGCAAGGAGUAGAUGAGAAAUGCGAUGUCGCUGGUCAGGUCUUGAGUGUCUUCUCCAAGGUGCCUGUUGAGUAUCUCAAAGCUAUCAGCUCUCCACUCUUACACCACCUCGGUGGGAUAGGAUAUAUCCUUGGCUCAGUGAUGGAAGGCAGUCUGUCAGAAGUGUCUUACCAACGUGUCCGCACCCUCCUGUUGGAGAUGGCCGACCUUCUGCAUCGAUUGGAGUCGGGCCUGCGCCGAUCCACUGGCACAAGCGAGCGCCUUAAAGCACAAGUCAAUCGCAUCGACGAAUAUAUGAUGACCAAGCUAUCGUCUACUGCCUUUGCACCACAACCGCGGCCGACCUCGAUUCUCAAUCCACCAGUCCAAGACGACCUAGUGUCCGGAGUCUACCAGCAAUCCAAUAUUACGCCUAUGCAUGCUCCAAUGACCGGGAUGGACGACCCAAUCGCUCAGUUCCAAUUGCCGGCAGAGCUGCUAAAUGACUGGCCUUGGCCAUUCGACACUGGCACAUCGGACGGCGUGUUUCCAUUGGCUUUUGUGAAGUGA